GAAGUAUGCUCAGACGAUUGGUACGGGAGUCACACCUUCUCUUGUCAAAGAAACUGUGGAAACACUGGAGAACUUGGAGCAGUCUACUUUAACAUUCCUGAUGGAAAUUAUAACUGUUAUUGCAGAGAACUACUUUAAAGAUUUCUUCAGAUCGGGCAGCAACUUGAACCACUUUGUUGAUAGUGUUUACAGUCAUUUCCCCACACUGCUCUAUGUUAUGGAUGAGCAAAAAGUGGUGGUGGAUGAGGCCUAUAAGAUCAUCGCCCGUACUUAUGUCGAACAUCUUAUAACAAACAAGCAGAAAACCCUGAAGUGGCGAUGGGCUCCUAAUAUUGGUGAACGAAUACAUGAAGAUGCAAACCAUCUUCACAAGAGCAUUUCACUCUUG